GGAAGGUCAAAAUGAAAGUGGGGUCCUAUGACGAUGAAAAAGCUGGAGCUUCCAACCAGGAGAUCAAGCUUCGGAGAGGUCUACAUCGUGAGCUACAGUACGUACCGGGGACUUUCAAUAUAGAUUGGAAAUUUCUUUCCUCUUUUCUUUCCUCCUCCAUACCACCAUACCACCAUACCACCAUACCAUUCACAUUUCAACUAUCUAUCUCGCCGCGACGACAUCAUAUUGAUAUAUUUUGAAUAUAGAGCGUUCGAUUUACGUUUCACCCUCGCACAUUAUACCAACUUGUACAAAUAGACAAAAGCAUUUCGUACCAAUACCGGCAUCAUGAAUCACUCAUUGCCUUUCCGUCAAAACUACAGGAAGCCAUCGCGUCAAGCGAGUAUGGAUCCACACAACGAUUUGAACCCUCAUGUAGACCAUUUCAUCGGAAUCGAUGUUGGAACUGGAUCAGCAAGAGCAUGCAUUAUCGAUGCUUCAGGAGAUAUCAAGGCUUUGGCUACAGAAAACAUUGGUUUAUGGCAACCGGAAGUUGGAUACUAUGAACAAUCCACCACAGACAUCUGGAGAUGUAUUUGCAUGUGUGUGCAAAGAGCACUCAGCCAACACAACAUUGACCCAACAACAAUCCGUGGUAUCGGUUUCGAUGCUACCUGUUCCUUGGCAGUAUUCUCAGAAGAUACCGACGAACCAGUACCUGUCACCGGUCCAAACUUCGCAAAUGAUGGCAACGAUCGCAACGUUAUUUUGUGGCUCGAUCACAGACCAGUCGAAGAGGCUAAGAAAAUCAACGACACCGAACACAAUCUAUUACGAUACCUAGGAGGGAAGAUGAGCAUUGAAAUGGAAAUUCCCAAAGUUCUGUGGCUCAAGAACAACAUGCCUCCUGAGCUCUUUGACCGCUGCAAGUUCUAUGAUUUGGCAGAUGCUUUGACGCACAUUGCAACUGGCAAUGAAAGCAGAAGCUACUGCAGUACUGUCUGCAAGCAAGGAUUUGUCCCAGUUGGUGUUGAUGGCAGUGUAAAGGGAUGGCAAGAGGACUUCUACGAAGCUAUUGGUUUGGGUGAUCUAACCAAAGAUAACUUCAAGCGAAUGGGAGGAGUAGACGGAGUAAACGGCAAGUAUCUCAGCGCCGGUGAACUUGUUGGUACUCUCAGCGAAAAGGCUGGUAACGAACUCGGCCUCCCAGCUGGAAUUGCUAUCGGAAGUGGUGUCAUUGAUGCUUAUGCUGGAUGGAUCGGUACUGUUGGCGCAAAGGUCAACCUAGGACAAGAUUAUCUCGAUACCGGAGCACCCAAGAACGAUAUUUCCCAAGCAUUCAGCCGUCUUGCAGCUGUGGCUGGAACCUCUACUUGCCAUUUGGCUAUGUCUCGCGAACCUGUCUUCGUAGAUGGAGUUUGGGGUCCUUACCGAGACGUUCUGCUUCCCGGUUACUGGAUGGCAGAAGGUGGCCAAUCUGCCACCGGUGAACUUCUCAAGCACGUCUUGGAGACUCAUCCAGCAUAUAACGAAGCCAUGUCCAUGGCAGAAUCAUUCAACACCAGUAUUUAUGAUUACCUCAAUUCCCAUCUUGAUGAACUAAAGGAGAAGGAAAAUGCUCCAACCAUCUCAUAUCUUGGACGUCACUUCUUCUUCUACGGCGAUCUCUGGGGUAACCGUUCACCAAUUGCCAACCCGAAGAUGACUGGUUCAGUCAUUGGUCUUACCAACGACCGUAGCAUGGACGGUCUAGCCAUUUACUACUACGCAACCAUGGAAUUUAUCGCAAUGCAAACGCGUCAAAUCGUCGAAACCAUGAACAGUGCUGGUCACUCCAUCACCUCCAUCUUCAUGUCUGGUUCCCAAUGCCAGAACAAAAUUCUCAUGGAACUUAUGGCUACUACAUGCGCUAUGCCAGUUCUGAUCCCAAGAUAUGUACACGCAGCUGUUGUUCACGGUGCCGCCAUGUUGGGUGCUAAAGCCGCUAGUGCAGAUAAGGAGGGCAAGACAGAAGAGUUGUGGAGCAUCAUGGAUAGAAUGAGCAAGCCAGGCAAAGUAACCAGACCAGGAAAGAACGCUAAUGAGAAGAAGUUGUUGGAUGUUAAGUACAAGGUAUUCCUUGAGCAGUGCAACACCCAACAGGUAUACAGAGAUCAAGUCGAUGAAGCAAUUGAAGGCUGGAGCGCUGAUUAAAUGGUCUUGAUAUGAAAAGCCAAAACUUUGGAUUACGAAUGAACGAAACUUUGGGACGGAUGGUUAGGAUUGAUGAGGGUAGAUAGUUAGGUAAUAGGUCAGCGUAUUGUCUGCACAGGAUCUGCAGUAAUACAUUACGAUAUUAAAAUAGAUAGUCUUCCUUUCAUAUUUCGCUCCCCGUAGAUUGAGUAUGUGAAAGAGAAAAGUGAAGUAAAAUAAUGUUGAAAUUACCGGUCA